AUCAUAUCACGCUUUCGGGUCCAUUCUGCACCCCGCAUCGUGGAAAGAUGACUACGAUCUCUGCCAUUCGUUGUCGUUUCGACACGGGGACUAAAUUUAUCGCCGCGCGUAGAAAUGUUCGCGCCCGUGCGACCAUCCCAAAGACCCCUCGGGCCGCUUUCAGUAGCAAUAAUAAAUCCGAGCUUUCGAAGGUCGUGAAGCCAACCGUCGCGACUAUCCUCACGAACGCCGUCAUCGUCCUCCCCUCGCUUGCGGGCGAGCCCGGCAAGAUAUUUGACUUCAACCUUACGCUUCCCAUAAUUGCCUCGGAGUUCCUUCUCCUCAUGGUAAUUCUUGACAAGACUGUCUUUGGCCCGGUCGGCAAGGCGCUUGAUGAUCGGGAUGCGCUCAUCCGAUCCCAGCUUGCAGCAGUCGGUGAUAAUUCGACUGAAGUAGCCAACUUGAUCGCCGAGAAAGAGCAGGUCAUCUCAAAUGCCCGCGCUGAAGUUGCGAAGGAAGUCGCAUCCACAAAGGCAAAGAUUGAUGCCGACAUUGCCGAGGCUCAAGCCAAGGCCAAAGCUGACGUGGAUAAACAAAUCGCUGCUGCUCUUGCCAAGCUUGAAGCGGCAAAGGCCGAAUCAGCUGCCCAGGUCGAAACGAAGGCCAAGGAACUAUCUGAUCAGAUUAUCAAGAAGGUGGUUGAGGUAUGAGGGCCUCCAGAGAAAAUGCAUCCUGGGAUAUCUCGGCUGCAACAGACUACUUGUGCUGUUCAUCAGGGUAGCACAUGACUUAGUCUUAGACUGAACUUCAUGCCGAUAGGAAAUGAUGGUCUUCAUCUUUUCAUAUGCAAUUUCAUAAAUUGUCCCACUACUGAUGGCUUUCACGCAACCUCCUCCCGGAUGCUGUCAUAGUUUCCUGCUCAAGUUACUUGUGCCUGUAUGUGAUCUGCUACCUUUUGGUACCUUCGUAUAUAAUACCUUCGUACAAAAUUAAGGCAUAUCGAGGUUUUUGCCGAACAUAAAGCCUUCCAAGUGUUUUUCAAACCGAAAUUG